AUGGACGUCGAGGAGUCGCCAUGGGCCGACUCAGGCGACAGCUCGCAGCAGAUUUCCCAGACCGGGCCUCCCAGCUCCCAGCCCGCAGGUUCGCAAGCUACAAUUGCGGCACCUCGGCCCUCGCGCGGGCCACGGCGCCUCGUCGCUCAGCCUACCCGCCUUGAAGCUGUGGAGGAUCCUUUGGGUCCUUUGAGUGCCUUGGCUGAUGAUAAUGACGGAACAUCCGACGCCCCGCCGGUGCCGCCGCAGAAGGAGCAGAUAGUGAUUCGAACUACGAUGCCUCAACAGCAACAACCCCGACGACCGAUUGACCCUCACAAUGUGAAUGACGAUGAUUUCAAAAGCCCUGGAAGUCCGAGGGCACCGCCUCCAGUGGAUGCCGCCAGACCGAGCAGUGUCCAAAGCAGUACACAACCUAGCGUCAGCAUUGAGCAAGCUUCCAAGCCUUCCUUCCAUAUCACCGUUGGUGACCCGGUCAAAAUUGGUGACCUGACGAGCUCACACAUUGUUUAUUCUGUCCGAACAAAGACUACUUCUCGAGCUUAUAAGCAGCCCGAAUUCGAGGUCAAACGACGAUAUCGCGAUUUCCUCUGGCUAUAUAAUACCCUGCACACGAACAAUCCCGGCUCCAUCGUUCCCCCACCGCCUGAAAAGCAAGCAGUUGGUCGAUUCGAUAGCAAUUUUGUCGAGGCUCGGCGAGCUGCUUUGGAGAAGAUGCUUAACAAGACUGCCGCUCACCCUACCCUGCAACAUGACGCCGACCUCAAGCUGUUCCUCGAGAGUGAGGCAUUCAAUGUUGAUAUUAAACACCGGGAGCACAAGGAACCUAUUCCAGCGGAAAGCAAGGGUGUGUUUGGCUCUCUGGGCAUUAGUGUGGGCCGCGGAGACAAGUUUGUUGAACAAGAUGAUUGGUUCCACGACCGCAAGGUCUACCUUGAUGCUUUGGAGAACCAGCUCAAGGGACUCCUGAAGGCCAUGGAAAUAAUGGUUGGGCAGCGCAAGAUGAUGGCUGAGGCGGCCGGUGACUUUUCAGCUUCCCUUCAUGCUCUUUCCACCGUUGAACUGUCGCCAACUUUGUCGGGACCUCUGGAUGCCUUGUCCGAACUACAACUCACGAUUCGGGAUGUGUACGACCGACAGGCCCAGCAGGAUGUGCUCACUUUUGGAAUCAUUAUCGAAGAGUAUAUCCGCCUCAUUGGAUCUGUGAAGCAGGCCUUUGGCCAACGUCAGAAGGGAUUCUACGCCUGGCACUCCGCUGAGUCUGAGCUCCAAAAGAAGAAGAGCACACAGGACAAGUUGCUUCGACAGGGAAAGAGCCAGCAGGAUCGCCUGAACCAAGUGAAUGCUGAGGUUGGUGAGGCAGAGAAAAAGGUGCAUCAAGCACGAUUGCUAUUUGAGGAGAUGGGUCGAUCUCUGAAAACUGAGAUUGAUCGCUUUGAAAAGGAAAAGGUGGAGGAUUUUAAGAGCGGAGUAGAAACAUUCCUCGAGAGUGCAGUCGAAGCACAAAAGGAGCUGAUUGAAAAGUGGGAGACGUUUUUGAUGCAACUGGAUGCCGAGGAUGAUGAGUCGGUCUUCUAUCGACCGCCUGUAUACCAACAGCAGUCGAAGCCACCUGGUGACACAGCAAUUGACAGGGCCAGGGCAAGGAUGGAUGAGGAUUCUGACUAA